GUUGCGGCCGCGACUGUUCUGGUGUCUUACCGCCGGCGCGAGAUUCCACGGUGCGAAGCGCCCCUGCUGCGCCGCAUCAUAGAAUACCCUGGUCAACCACCAUCGCUUCGUCCGGCCCCCAGACAUCGUAUACUCAUCCUACGCCACAAACCUCGCUAUGUCGCAGCAACGACCGGAUAAUCUUGACCUUAGGUCAAAAUCGCAAGCUUCCGUUUCACGGCCUCUAAGAUCACCCCGUCUCCAUGUGGCUGGGGAAGCGCCGCCCGAACUCUCGCCCCUCGAUGCAUUUGCAUUGCAGAGCCGACUGCUUGCCAAGCAGCUUGAAGAUAGCGCGAAGCAAGGCCGGCGGAUGAGCCGGCUGCCUCCGUUGACGGUCGAGAGCCCCUUAAUUGUUCAGGGCAGAUCAGAAUACUUCCGCUCCCUGUCCCAGGACUCCGGCUCAGAAGACGAUCAUGCGGUACCUCACAACGUGGGCCUUGGCUUGAAGACCGAGGUUGAUCUCGAAAACCGGCCAAAGUCCAUGCACCCGCGCUUGAGCCAUAUCCCGCCCACACCUGACGAGUCCAUCCCAGUGCCCGCGAUACCCAAGACGAAAGCCAACCCCUUCGGAGCAAGGGAGUCAAACGAUACGAGUGCACAAGGAGGCUUCUUUGGCGUUGGGGCGCGGAGGGAGCGGUCGCCGUCGCCUAUGGGCUCCGGCCAUUCUCCCGGAAAACAAGCAGAGGGCAGAUCCACGGCCCAGGACGGCCUGCACCAGCGAUCACCGAUGACUAGCUCCUCUAUAACCGGGUCCCCUGAGAGGCUUGCCAAGAACUCUUUCGAGGCUGCAGGCCUUGUCCCUCCUCGACCAAUGUUCACGAAGCGAACCUCGAGCCUAAUGUCGUCGCCGCUCGAAUCCACCGAUGAGGAAUGUCUCAGCACUAUGAGUGCCUCGAUCUACUCCCAGAGCUCUCGCAAGUUUUCUGUCAGCAGCGGUGUCCUAUCUCCCGUCCACCAACCAUAUCAGCGCUCUCCCUCGGUCGCCUCGGAUGCUUCUGGCUUGCCUCGGCCGCAGUUCAACUUCUCCAGACCGCUGAGCAGAGCAGGCACUCCGACCUUCGACCCACCAGCGCGACAGUUCUCGUCCGACAGUCAGGGGUCCUUCCUUCCAGCUGACGAACCUGCCUGCACCCCCAUCAGUACGAACAGCGAAGCUUCCCGGGAGGCCGCCGUCGACGAAGGUGCCUCGGCUGCUCCGUCAUACAUAUACUCCAAGUUCUCUUUGCCUCGCGGCAAGGCCGUGGAUAGAUCAUCGAUCAUCAUGCUCAACGACCCGCCAGUUCGGCCCUCGUUAGACCAGCCUCUAUCCCCAACCAGCACCAACCAAAGUCUUCCGGGGAUAGGGCAGCCUCCGCCGUCGCCACCGACUCGAUCGUCUAGUUCGUCACCAAACCGCCAGACUGAGCCGUCUCUUGGGCCAUCACAAGAGAGCAGCAACCUGGAUGCCGAAGCUACCCGCCCCGCGCAGCAUCCUUCUCCGAAUCCCAGCAGACCAUCGACGGAGAGUGCUCCUGCAUCGGAAGAAGAGCACCGAGGACGAAGCCUAGUUUCACAUUUGCAUGACGCUGCAGCGGGGAAAUCACCUGGGUCUGCUGCGACGAGCGACUCGGCCAGUACCAUCAAAGCUGGCAAGUCCAUGCACUCCGUUGUACCGACUAUGUCGGACCUGUCGGCGGAGGAGCAUGUGAACAAGGCCAUCGCCCUCCACGAGAACGGUUCUCUCCAGGAGUCCACCUGGCACCUACGGCACGCAGCAAAGCAGGGUCAUCCAACGGGCAUGCUCCUCUAUGCCCUUGCGUGCCGACAUGGCUGGGGCAUGCGUCCAAACCCCCGCGAAGGGGUUCAAUGGCUUCGAAAAGCAGCCGAGUCUGCUCAACUGGAAAUGGCGGAUGACGAAGGCCAAAGCAAGGAGGGGAAAGCUGCUGAUAUUGUUGAGCGCAAGACGCGCAAGGCGCAGUUCGCACUGAGCAUCUACGAACUCGGCGUGAGCCAUAUGAACGGGUGGGGCAUUGAGCAGGACAAGAUUCUCGCAUUGCGAUGCUUUGAGAUCGCAGCUUCCUGGGGUGACGUUGAUGCACUUGCCGAGGCCGGGUUUUGCUACGCCCAAGGCAUCGGUUGCAAGAAGGAUCUUAAAAAGGCGGCCAAGUUCUACCGCGAGGCAGAAGCCAAGGGCAUGAGCAUGGUCGGCAACAGUUGGAUCCACAAGGCCAAGUACGACGACGACAAGGACGGCGACAAGCAGUCGCGGUCCAAGUCGAGGUCGAGAAAGAGCAUCUUCAGCCGGAAAAAGGACUGAACAACGGAGCCAACCACUCUCGCGCUUUUUGCGCCUCAACGCCUUGACGAUUACGACAAUGCAUUGGCAUGAUAUUGACAUACCCCUUGGGUUUCGCGGAGUUUCUUGGAGUCGGUUUGUGGCAAAGUAAGGCGUU